GAGAAAAGUAAGCCAUAACAACACCUUGUGAGUUAUGACUCUUGAGAGAUCGCUCUUAUAUUAAUUCAACUCCCUUUCUCAGUUGCUACUUCAUUUUCUCAGCUUCUCUAUCAAACUUAUUACUCUCUCUCUCUCUCUCUCUGUUUACAUCUAUUCUACCAAAGCAUCUAUCUUCUACAAAUCCAUUCAUAGUCAUCACUGCUCAUUGCUGACACUUUACCUAGGACAGCAAACUUACUGCUUUAGGAAAAUUUCUUCCUCAUUGUUGUUCAGUCUUUCUCCAAAUGGGGAGGCACUCUUGCUGUUACAAGCAGAAGUUAAGGAAAGGUUUAUGGUCACCUGAGGAGGAUGAGAAGCUUUUAAGGCAUAUUACUAAGUAUGGCCAUGGAUGUUGGAGCUCUGUCCCUAAGCAAGCUGGUCUACAGAGGUGUGGGAAGAGUUGCAGAUUGAGAUGGAUUAAUUACUUGAGGCCUGAUUUGAAAAGAGGCACAUUCUCACAAGAAGAAGAGAACCUUAUUGUUGAACUUCAUGCAGUUUUGGGGAAUAGGUGGUCUCAGAUUGCAGCACAAUUACCUGGAAGAACCGACAAUGAAAUUAAGAAUUUAUGGAACUCUUGCUUAAAGAAGAAGCUGAGGCAAAGGGGCAUUGAUCCUGUAACACACAAGCCACUUUCCGAAAUAGAAAAUGGAGAAGACAAGAAUCAACCGACAAACAGCUUAGACAAAUCCUCUGUGGUAUCUAGUGAAUUGAAUCUCCUCAACACAGAAAAUGCAAAGCCAAGUUCAACUUCACUUGCUGCACAAGCCUAUCAGUUGGAAAUAGAAGGCUCGAAAGCAAUAGAUGGCAACAACAUGAACAAUAAUUUGAUGACAUCUGUAUCCAGCAAAGAUAAUUUCUUCCCAUAUAGGUUUCCAAGUUCAAACCAUGAAAGCACCAUCGCCAACAGCCAGCCUUUAGAUUCAGUGGGGCAUUUCCCCCUUCAACAAUUGAAUUGUACAUCUAAUGCUAGGCUCUCAACAACUUCUAAUCCCACUCUUUGGUUUAUGCAAACCAGCAAAUCUUUAGACAUGAAUUCUGAAUUCUCUUCAAAUGCUAUUUCAACCAUUCUCUCUCCUAUUUCUACCUCAUUCCUUUCAACGCCACCGAUGAAUUUCAAGACUACUUUAACUCUUCCCUCUGAUACUCAUUCAAUGCCCUCUUUUAAUGUCAAUGGAUCCCGCUUCUGGGAAACUGGUGCCCCCAGUAGUAACAGUAAUAGCAGCAAUCUAACUGUCAGCAGUAGCAGCACUGAGUUACAGAGCAGCAGUUCCUUCUUUGAGAACAGUAUCUUCCCAUGGGGAUUGGCAGAUUGUAGCUCAUCAGAAAAAGAGGGUCAAAUUAAUCUUAUGGAAAGCCAACCUGAAGACAUUAAGUGGCCUGAAUAUUUCCAAAACCCAUCAUUACUAAUGGCGGCUGCUUUACAAAAUCAGACUCCACAAUCUUUAUACAAUGAGAUAAAAUCAGAAACACAUUUCCUGGCGGAUACUUCAAGCGGUAUUUGGCCUCAUAACCAGCAGCAACAAGAAAAUUUACAAAAUUCUGAUAUAUGUGUUAAGGAGAUCCAGAGACUUACUGCCACCUACGGAAAUAUUUAGCCUGCAUUCAUGAGAAGCCUCUAAUUGAAGCAAGAAGGAAGGGGCUUAAACAAAUGUUGUUUUUUGUUUUUAUUUUUAUUUUUUUUACAUCAAGUGAGUGCCAAAGAUUUUUCUUUUGUAUAUAAGUCUGAUACAAACAUUUCUCACCCUCUGGUUUCAGAAAAUUUACCCAAAAAAAAAAAAAA